CAAAACGUCAGAUAAUUCACUGUAAAUCGCACGUUUUUGACGUGAAGACGUCUAGUACAACAAUGAAGAAAGUACCCUUGUUUUUAUUAAAAAUAUAACUAUAAAUGUUCCCUUGACAAUGAUAAAUUUAUUUUUUCACGACGUUAAAGGAUAUUGAGUAUGGAUGCCAAAAUAUUCAAAUCAAUUGUAUGUAAUGAUACAGAAAUGAUAAAAGAAAUCGAGGACUCUGAAGUAUGGACGAGAUUAUCAAACGAAUCAGAAUUUCCUCUUAUAGACAAUCAUGUUCUAAAUAUAUUUUGUCAAUCUGUAUCUAAUCUACUUUCUUACAAAGUAUCGGAGGCAGCAACCCAGCGAUAUUUAGUGAGAAUACAUUUAAUCCGAAUGCUGCAAGAAUGGAGCCACGUCACAGUACCUUUGCCGUCUCUUCACAUAUUCACAGAUGGGUGUAAAAUGCUAAAAUUUGUGGAGAAAGUAUCAAAGAAAUAUCUCACAGAUGAUUUCUUGGGUACGGAUGCUCCUGGCGAGACACUAAUAUGUCUGGCUCGUGCAUUCUUCUGCCUUGGAAUGAGAAAUCCUUGCUUUUUACCACAAUUAGAUUUCAUCUUAGAAAGGAUAACACAUCUAGAACCAAGCGAAGAGAUAAACUUGCUGCUAGAUUCUAUUAUGAAGAAUAAAGAGCAAUUGCUGUUGAAACCAGCGACUAUGGAUCGCAUAUAUAUAUUAAAAAGAGUUACACUCAUUGAGAAACCGCUUAUUGAGAAUUUUGAGUCCAUUUGUUCAAAAAUAAAUACUGUAAAUAGAGAAAAUAUGUGUGUAACAUUACAGAACGCAACUUCAAUAAGAGAAGUACUCGAUCGAAUGAUAGAUUCACCUCAAGUAUUUAGAAUAGCAUCGAAUGUUCUGAAAGAAAUGCUUGUGACUUUAAAUUAUUCUUCAAUAGUGAUAGACUUUAUACAAUCUAUCCUAGAACUGAUGAUAGUGCAGUGUGACAAGUGUAAAAAAAGUGUUCUGGACCUUUAUCCUAGAGACUUGCAAUCAUGUAUUAUACUAUUGAGAAUAGAUCCACGUUAUCACUCUGAGAAUUCAAAAAAAUAUACAUUAGAGUUAUUGGAGCACGUACACACAGGAAAUAAGGACGACGCGUUAAUAUUGCUUUCCCAUUUUCCAGCAUGGCUCGAAAUAUUUUCGACAUACCUUUCUGAUAUUACCGGACGGUAGUUUAUUAUCCCGACAUUAUCGAGGACAUUGGAAAUAUAUACGAAGAAAUAAUAUAAAAUAUCGAUCGACUAGAAUUGGAUUUUCGAUAUACACGAUAAAACCGCAAUACCUAAAAUCAUUUCCCUUUAUUUUAUUUCCAUUCGUUACUUCAAAUACAUUAAGCAGCAUCGCCGUCAUGUACGUAAUGUGCAACGAUAAGAAUUAAGAAUCUUAUGCGUACAUAUACACUUAACAUUUUUAUUUAGCAAAUGGCUCAGGCCCGUAAAAGCCGUCGCCCAAUUUUUAAUUUCCUCUGUGCUGCCAAAGCAGAAGAAAUAAAGCGUGUUUUCCUAGUGUU